AAACAGGAAGUUGUUGUAGUCGCUCUACCAUGGCGACGAGGACGCCACAAGCGAAUAUUUGCAGAGCAACUUUUAUCAUUUUACUUCAACUAAGUGCUUAUUCUGGUCAGCUAUUCACAAUAUCCUUCCAAGGGCCAUCAGACUGUGGGAAAGAGAGCGUUUUUGACAUCUCAAGUUUAUCCUGCAUUAAGUGCGGACCAAAUCAAGUUCCUAGUAAAUCUGGUCUGAGCUGUGAGUGCCAGGUUGGGUAUCGUGUGCUUGUCAGCAAUGGCGCUUCGGUUGCCUGUCAACGAUGUCCCGAAUCAAAACCGGUGGUGACACAAGAUGGCUAUGGCUGUAUUCGUUGUCCUGAACCUGGUGCCAUUGGAGAAGAUGGCACCUGCAUCUGUCCUGCUAACCACAUCCUGGUGGAGAGAGACCACAGGGGAAACAUUCAAGAAGAGGCCACCUGUGAGCUCUGCAUCAACUCCGAUCCUGCCUUAUCGGCCCCAGAUUCCACAGGAAGCAGGUGUGUGAGAUGCCAUGACUCAUUCAUUAACACAUCCCUGUCCUGCCUGUGUGGAGGCUCCAACAUCCUGGCUGGAGGGCUGUGUCUUCCCCCAAAUAGCCUCCCUACCACUGUGGUUGCCAGUGUCAACUUUGCUCAACUGGCUCUUCCUGUUCAGUCUGUGUGGUUCUCCAGUUUUCUCUACUCCUCAGCAGCAGCUUGUUUGUUGUUCUCUAACAGGAGCUCGUGUCAGGUGCUGGGGAACAUGUGUGUGAUGAACAUGUACUCCUCCAGCAGCGUGACCAAUGAUGCAUGUGGGCUCUACAACACUAUAUUCAGAACCACGGCGGCUCAAGGACACUCCCAGGACAUCACACAUUGGAGAAUGAACAUGCCCUGGCUGUAUUAUGGCGAUCAGCCUGGUUUGGCAUCACGUGUGUUACGAGCUGAACCACUCCCUAUUGGCUAUAGUUUCAGAGGACCUAAUCAGAACACACAGAUUGAGCUCAUUGCUGCUGUCUACAAUGCUGGAGGACUUUUCUUACGAUGGGAAAACCUUACAAGAGGAGCUCUACAGCUCUGCCCUGACACAGUCAUCAGGCAACAAGCUGCUUACACCUUUGGGACCGCUUACAAGCAAAGUUGUGUGCUGCCUAUUACGGAGAUGCUGGCCCGUUUCCCUGAGCCCUUGUUCUAUGACGUCUUCCUGGUGCUGAGGUCCUCUCAGGGAGAAAGGCGUCUUGUGGCCCUGCCUGUUCUAAACCUCAACCUACAGUUCAAUGGACAGUUUAUCAAUCAAGGCUCCAACAUAAAUAACUGGUACCUGACGCGCAGGCUGAUGAUCGUGGACACACUGAGUGGGCGAGAGAAGAGUUUGAGUGCCACCCCCAGAGUCCUGCGCGUGGCCACAGACAUCAGGAUCGGGUUCCAGCUGGUGCCACUGACGCAACGGGGGGAGGUGUAUCCCCCUCUCAUCACGGUCUCCUACACAGACGUCCUCGUCACAGAGCCACUCACACAGACCGUCUCUGUGGCCUUCUCCAUGGAAUAUGAGAUGGAUCAAAAUGAGGCCCAAGUGAAGACUGAUAUUGCUCUAGGUGUUUUAGGUGGUGUAGCUGUGAUUUAUGCCCUGGUGAAGACCGCAAGCUGGAAGAGAAGAAUCAUGUCUCAGAUAAUUGAUCUGGAGACCAUUCUGAAGUUUCUGGUGUUCUACGCUGGAGAUUUGGCCAAUGUCUUCUUUGUUAUCACCGUGGGAACUGGCCUGUACUGGCUCAUUUUCUACAAGGCUCAGCAGUUUGUGUCUGUGCUGCUGCCGUUGCCUCAGCAGGAGGAGAGUUUUGUGACAUACGUGGGCUGUGCCUUUGGUUUCAAGGCAGUGCAGUUCCUCCAUAAGCUUGUGCAGCAGCUCACGGUGGAUAUCUUCUUCAUAGACUGGGAGAGGCCACGCAGCAAAUCACUCAAACUAGUGGAGGGAGGCGGUGAGGGGAGGAGCGUGGCGGCGCCGGUCAGCAUCUGGAGGACCUACUUUGUGGCCAACGAGUGGAACGAGAUCCAGACGCUGCGUAAGAUCAGCCCCACGUUCCAGGUGCUGAGCGUGCUCUUCCUGCUGGAGGUGAUGGGCUUGUCCAGCCUGGCCCUCAGGGAGCCGUCGCCGACGCUGCACCGGCCGCCACACGCCUACGCCCCCGCACACAGCCAGGUGCUCCGCUUCGGCCUGGCCUCCUGCCUCUGGCUCCUGGUGGGGCUGCUCCAGGUGGUGUUCUUCACUGUUUUUCACGAGCGCUUUGUUGAGGAUAAGAUUCGUCAGUUUGUGGAUCUCUGCUCCAUUAGCAACAUCUCUGUCGUGGUGCUGCCCCACCGUUGCUUUGGUUACUACAUCCACGGUCGCUCUGUCCACGGCCACGCUGAUACCAACAUGGAGGAGAUGAACGCUAACCUGAAGAGAGAGGCGGAUAAUCUGUGUGGCCAGAGGGGCCUGCUGCCAAACUCAGACACUCAGACCUUCCAGAUCGCCAUCACUGACCGCCUACGUAAUCAGUAUGACCGCAUCCUGGACCCUCUCAGCCGAAGAAAUGGCCCCUCAAGGCUGUUGGAUGCCUCUUCCAAUCCAUUUGAGCAGAGCACGAAGGUGUACCACACCAUGAACCGCUUCCUCAGCUCCAUCAUCGAGCAUGCACACCGGGAGAUGGAUUACAUCGUCCGGGACAAGCUCCUGUUUGAGAGGGUCAUCGGGAUGGAGUUCAUGGAACCAAACGAGAAGAGCAUUUUUUACAAUGAUGAGUCUCACUCGUUCAGCGAUGUGCUGUUCUAUGGGAAUGAAGCGACUCUUCUUAUUUUUGACACACUCUUCUUCUGUGUGGUGGACCUGGGCAGCCAGAACUUCAUCCUCGCUGCUGCACUCACCUACCUACAGCAGAUGGUAUUUCGUCUCAUCCGUGAUGUACUUGGCAGGAGGAAUUUGGCUGUGAAAACUUUGGUGGACAAGCGGUUCCUCAUCUGAUGUUUCUCAAACUCCAUCCUGGUACCAUAAUGCCUUACAGCAGUAUGCUAUGAUUCUGUUCCAGAAUCUCAACUAGAAAGCAAAUGCUAGCAAAAGCUAUGCGCUAACUCUACACUUACUGAGAGUUGGAAGGUGGCCAGGUUAGUGUGCCUCAAGCCUGGCGUCCAGCAGGUGUAGGGGAUGUCCAAGCUGAGGCCACCCCUUCUCUGCAUCGAUGGUGGAGGCCAAUCGCAGCGUUAAGGGCUGGUUCCACCUGACCGGCCAGCCUGGCUUUGUAUUUACAUUCCCCACCAUGGUGCCAGGUCACUGGGCAGCUCUGUUACAAAGCCACCAUCCCACCAGUCCACCAGUGUUGUUGUUUGUCUUCUUUUGAAAUUACAUGCUUGUUUGUUGUGUUUUAUGAACUGUGCUCUUUUAAUGUAUUUGCUAUUGUAGAGUUGUGUACAUGUUUACACGUUAAGGAAUAAAAGAGAUGUUUUUUUAUUACUAAA